AUGUCGACCGACCCCAAGAUCCAGGAGCUUCUCACCAAGCCUCGUAACGAGCUCACCGAGUACGAGAUCGCCCAGCUCGAGGAGCACGAGUUCAGCGCCGGACCUCUCUCCAUCCUCCAGACCGCCGUCCGCAGCCACACCCAGGUCCUCAUCUCCAUCAGAAACAACCGCAAGCUCCUUGCGCGCGUCAAGGCUUUCGACAGACACUGCAAUAUGGUUCUCGAGAACGUGAAGGAAAUGUGGACAGAGACCCCGCGUUUGGCCAACGGCAAGAAGGGCCGUCCCGUCAACAAGGACCGUUUCAUCAGCAAAAUGUUCCUCCGCGGUGAUAGUGUUAUCCUGGUCCUCCUGAGCUGA